UUGUUUUCAGUGUUUCUUUCCGAGUCCUCAUUCUCUCUCUUUCAUUAAACACCUUCCCUCAACAACACGAAAGACCCAAAGACCCACAUCAUAACAUUAACCGAAUAAUAAUAUAUAUAAACAAACAACAACAACAACAUUCACAAUCUCACAUUCUCAUUCUCUAAGUUAGAUGCACCCAAACCCACCUUAGCUUCUUCUCAUGGCGGGUUACACUUCACAUUCACACAGACCCAUUUCUUCUUCUUCUUCUUCUUCGCGGCUCCUUCUGCUCCUCACCGUUCUCCCCCUCACCCUCGCUUCCUUCGCUUUCAUCCUCCAAUGGCGUGGCGGCGUCACCGACCCCGUCACCCGCUGGUCACCCGAUCACCACCAGUUCCCAGGCAUGGUUGUUUCUCCUCCUUCUCACAACAACCAACAACAACAACAACAACAACAACAACAACCCCAUUCGCAUUCCGAUUGCACCAAUCUCAUCGCACAUACAAACUCUCCUUCAUUCCCUUACUUUCGUGACUGGAAAUUCGACUACGCUUCUGAUCUCACCCCUAAGAUAUGUAUUCAAACGAGCACUUCUGCUGGUUUAGAGCAGACUCUGCCAUGGAUCUUCUAUCAUAAGGUUAUGGGAGUCUCUAAUUUCCUCCUUUUUGUGGAAGGGAAGGCUGCAUCGGCUAAUGUAUCUAGAAUUUUAGAAAGCAUUCCGGGUGUACGAGUUAUAUAUAGAACAAGAGAAUUAGAGGAGCAGCAAGCUAAAAGCCGAAUAUGGAACGAGACUUGGUUGGCGAGCUUCUUCUACAAACCAUGUAACUAUGAGUUGUUUGUGAAGCAAUCUUUGAACAUGGAAAUGGCUAUUGUCAUGGCUAGGGAUUCUGGAAUGGAUUGGAUCAUCCAUCUGGACACUGAUGAGCUGAUACAUCCAGCAGGAACUCAAGAGUACUCUUUAAGACAGUUGCUAUCUGAUGUGCCUGGAAAUAUUGAUAUGGUUAUUUUUCCAAAUUAUGAGAGCAGUGUCGAGCGAGAUGACAUCAAGGAGCCUUUCAGUGAGGUUUCAAUGUUCAAGAAGAACUAUGAUCACCUUCCAAAGGAUGUAUAUUUUGGAAAUUACAAAGAAGCAACUCGCGGCAAUCCAAACUAUUUUCUUACUUAUGGAAAUGGGAAAUCAGCUGCUAGGAUUCAGGAUCAUCUCCGUCCUAAUGGUGCACACAGAUGGCACAACUAUAUGAAGACACCUAAUGAGAUCAAGUUGGAAGAAGCUGCUGUUCUGCAUUACACUUACCCCAAAUUUUCUGAUUUGACUUCAAGACGGGAUCGGUGUGGCUGCAAGCCUACAAAAGAAGAUGUUAAAAGAUGCUUCAUGUUGGAUUUUGACAGAGCUGCUUUCAUAAUAGCUUCAACUGCAACUGAGGAAGAAAUGCGUCAAUGGUAUCGUGAACGCAUUGUGUGGACUGACAAAGCACUAAACAUGAAACUUAUGAGGAAAGGCAUCUUGACUCGCAUUUAUGCUCCCAUGGUUAUUAUUCAAAGUUUGAGGGAAUCUGGUGUUUUUAGCUCUGUGAUUGCAAAAGCUGCUCAAACAACAUUAUCAAAAGACAAUUUUUUAAAAUCUGUGGAGAGUAGCAAUUCAACUAGGAAUGCCAGAGCAGGAAUGAUGGUAUCUUCUAGAAAAAUUGAAGCUGGUGGAGUAUCCCAAGCCACUGCAAGAAGAGUCUUGGAAGUUAUAGAUGGCUCACUCCCAUCUGCAAUCCCACCAUUAUCUCCUCCCAGCCUUGAUCACUCUGACCUCUUUACAUCCUUAGUUUUUAACUGACUCCUUUGCCACCGCCAGAAAUUAUUUUGAUGAUAGAUAUGAUACUUGAAUUGUGGGGGAAAAUUAAACAAGACAAUGAUAGAAGCACUUCUGGCUGACAUGAUGGGCAUUCCAGUUUUUGGAUUCAUGGGGUUUUUCCCGAUCAUUACCCAAGCGCGCUUAUGUAAAUUUCAGGCUUAGAUUGUAGGCGUAGUGUAGGAAUCAUAUAGAGCAGAUCUUGCUAGCAUGUUCAGGAUUCUUUUUUCUUUUCUUUUUUUAUCUCUUAUCUGUCUUUUUAUUUCUUUCUUCCCCUUCUAUUUUUAGAGAUUUUUGGGCACAGAUUGGCUGCGAUUGUAAUGGAAAAUAGUGGCCUAUUGUAUUCUUUUAUACACAUUGAGAGAGACGAUUUUAUACAGGUGAAGAUUUUUUUGCCCGGUUGA